CAUUAUUAAUCUCGUCGCAGUGUUUCCGUGCAGAUCUCGAGCACCGGAGCCUCCUCCAGGACUAGCGCGGUCAGUGCUCGGUUGGCAAAGUUUGUAGCAGCGGAUUUUGGUAUUCUGUGUUCGUUUUCUCGAAGACAUCUGUCAGAUCUUCUACUUAGAAGUGCAACAAUGUUUACGUUCAGUGUGAUUUCAAUCCUGGUGGUGGCAGGAGCCGUUAUUGCAGAACCUCCAGUUAGUUCCGGGUACUCCUAUUCCAGCGGCGGACACGAUCAUGGUGAUUCCGAUGGUGGAUACGUUUCGGUCAGCCCAGGACAUCAAUCGUCGGAAGGCCUUCAUGUGGAUCCCAGUCUACUGCACAAGGUGAAGGAAGUGCUGCUGGACCAUGAAAACAGCGGCUCUUCUUCCUACGGUGGACAUUCAUCGCACAGCAUCUCGGUACCAUCAACCUCGUAUGGCGUUCCUUCGUCAUCGUAUGGCGUUCCAUCGCAUUCGUACGGCCCACCCUCGUCGGUCUAUGGUGCUCCAUCAUUCGGCGGACAUUCUUCCCGCGUUACCGGCAUCGACCUUGGACACGUUCGCCAAGGAAUCCAAGUUGCUCAGUACUACAAGGCUCAGCAUGGUGGACCUUCUUACUCCUCCCACUCGUACUCCGCACCUUCCUACUCGUCGUACUCUGUUCCAUCGUUUUCGUCUCACUCCUACUCUGCUCCAUCUUCCUCCUAUGGUGCACCAUCUUCCUCUUACAGUUCUCCAUCUUCUUCCUACAGUGCUCCAUCUUCCUCCUAUGGUGCUCCAUCCUUCAGUUCAUCGCACUCCUUCUCGGCUCCAUCCUAUUCGUCGCACCAAUCGCACUCCUCUCACUCAUCCUACUCACUCCCAUCUUCCUCAUAUGGCGCUCCAUCAUCUUCUUAUGGUGCUCCAUCUUCCAGCUACAGUGUACCAUCCUCCAGCUACGGCGCACCAUCUUUCAGCAGUGGCAGCAGCAGCAGCCACUAUCGUGCCCCAUCCUCAGUCUACGGAGCUCCCUCUCACUCCAUCAGUUCAUUCCGCCCACCAGCACUAUCCUUCCAUGCCCCAUCUUCCAGCUAUCACUCCCCGGCACCAGUUUACUCUGCUCCCCGACCGGUCUAUGGAGUACCACACCACCACUGAAUGCCGUCAUCAUCAUUCAAAAAUCUAAGUCAACGAAAAUAUUGAGUUAAUUUAUUCAAAGUAUCAUGUGUUUUCAUCCCGAUCAAACAAUUGUUAAAAUAAACGAAAAAAUGUUGUUACCAAAAAAUUAAAAAUUAAAAUAACAAUCUU